AUGAUUAUACAUACUAAUUUUGUUUCAAUACGGCAAUACCAAGGAGUAGGUCCGAUAAAAGAUGGCAUUGCAAGAUUAUCUGGUGGCGGCAUUCAUCGACCCUGGUUAAAGGGUCCAAUUCAUGGCAUAGCAGUUAUAAAAGCACCAGAUUUAUUACGAUCUUUAUUUUAUGGUAGAGAAUCAGAUGUGUUUAGGUUUGGAAUUAUUCUGUGGGAAUCUUGGUACCGUAGAUCUGCUCUGAAUGAAGAGAAUGAAUCAUCUUUAGAAUCUUACGAACAGUUAUCAUACAUUAUCCUUGAGGGAAGAAGACCUAAUUUCGAAGGGAAAAUUAUCAACAAAUUAAAAUUAUUAAUACAACGCUGUUGGGAAAAGGAUCCAGUCGAUCGCCCAACGGCCAGAAACAUACUUGAACGAUUACACAAUAUACGCAAAGAUACAUAA